AUGCCCCAAGAGAAUGGAAAUAAUCCCGGUUUUGAACCCGAAGAAGCUCCGUCGACAUCUUUCAUGACGCCUGUGGUAAUUUAUAGAAAAACUGAUUCAUUAUAAUUUUUUUUGAAGAAAACCCAAGAAAAUCCUGCUCUUUCUGAAGAAAGUGCGAUCUCCAAAGAAAGCGGAUUGGACCAGGUUUGUUUCACUCAAAAAAAGGGCCGGAAUGGCUCAAUUUUAUUCAAAAAAAGAUAUUUUGUUAGAUUCCAAUAGCCUUUUUCUAGGUCUUUUUUACACUAUAAAGUUGUUGUAGCGGUUUUUUUUCUUUUCCAACUUGUUUAGUCUAAAAAAUGAACUACAUAAGGUGAACAGUCCUUUUUUCAGUGAAGAAAAAGUUAUCAAUUGAGCGAUGUUCCUUGGAAAUUUAAUAAUGCUUUCCUGGGCUCCCCGAGAGAGUUAUUAAGGGAUUGAACGGUACAAACUUGUGAAAUUUAUAAGUUUUCGACAAAAAAGGUGAAAGAAUUAUCAAAAAAAAAGUCGUCCUACUCGAAAAAAAAAAUUUUUUUUGGUUGGGGAUUUCAGAUUCUUCAUUCAGUGAAUGAAUGACUGUAAGAGCUUACUAAAGUUAUUAGUGAUAUUUUCCUAAUAAGAAUAAUUGAUAAUUAAUUUCUUUCGAAUUUAGGAGGUCAUUGGAAAUAAUGAUGGUUCUAAUUCAAGCGCUUUCGGAUUGGAAAUGAGCCCAUCGCCACCAGAAAUCUUUUACUUCACCCGUUAGUUUCAGUGUAAAUUCAGAAAAGAACUUUUUUUUUUCAGAUCCAAAAGAGUCCGGAGAAAGAAAUACGUGCACCUGAAGUCGCUCCGGAAAAUGAGGCUUCAGCUCAAAAUGUUGAAAAAACUGUUUCUGCCCUUUCUGUGGCUAUUCCAGCGCCUGAAGUUGAGCAGACGACGAAAACCACUACAGAAAAGGAUGAAACUGCACAAUUGACUUCUGCGGAUAAAGAGCCGGAAACUAUUCCGAGUUCUUCCUCUGCAACUACUCCAGCUCUUCGCCGAGGACGUCCUCCAAGAACAACUCGGAAAAAUGUGAAUUUUCAUAGUUUUGGGCGAUCAAAAUUGUUUUUUUUUUUGGCCGAGAGGUUGAGCUCAGGUUACCCCAAUAAGUAACUUUUUUCUUCAGAGUGAAAAACGUUUCCUAGUAACUUUUUUUUUCAUCAUUUUUUAAGCUUUAAAUUCAGGAGGCCGCUGUGAAAAAUAAUACCGCUUUCGGACUGGAUAUGAGCCCGUCGCCGCAGAAAAUUCAAACACCUGUUGGUUUUACAGUAUGAAUGGGGUUUGAAAUAUUUUUUCAGGCUGGGAACAGUCUAGAAAAAGAAUCUCGCAUGCCGGAAGUUGCCAAGACAAAGGAAACUUUGACUCGAUCUGAAGAAAUGAAUAGAGCUGAUACCACGACUAUUUCGGAGCCUGGAAUUGAGCGGACGUCAGAAAAAACCACGGAAAAUGAAGUCGUUCCGUCGGCUUCUACGGAAAAAGAGCCGGAAACUGUUCCAAGUUCUUCCUCUGCAACUACUCCAGCUCCACGCCGAGGACGUCCUCCAAGGGCUACUCCGAAAAAUGUGAUUUUUCAUAGUUAUAGGCGAUCAAAAAAUUUUUUUGUCGUUAAGUUGAGCUCAGGUUAUCCCGAUAAGUACUUUUUUUCUUCAGAAAAUAGUUUUUUAAACCGAAACAGGACUUUUCGAAGAUCCUUCAAUGAUAAGUUAACUACACAGAACAUUUUUUCCAUAUUUAGUAUUUAGAAAAUCUAAUUUUACAAAUCCUAUUGUAAGAAUAUGGGACAUUUGUUUUUUUAUAGAGACUGAAUGAAACAGCAAAUAUUUGAAAUAGAAACAAUUUUUCAACAUAAGAAAAAAAUCAAAAUAUUUUUGCCGUUUUGAAGAUAUUCUGCGAAAGUUCAAAACAGUCGUCAGAGAGUGGAAAAGAUAACUGAAUUUUGGAGAGUCAGAGAUGAUUUGAAUUUCGUGAAAAUGAACACGGCAGUAGAAAGAACACGAUACAAUCUUUUUUACGUUGGUUUUGAAUUUUUUUUGUUUCUUGCGAUUCUUCAGAAUUUCGCUUGUGUACUGCUUUAAACUUUUAGUCUAAUAUUUUUUUCAAUUUUGGAACGUUAUAAAAAUCUCUACUUGAUGAUUUUCCUCGCAAACUUUUUUUUGCAUCCAUUUUUGAGAAUUUUAACUUUUGCUAUAUUUAAGGACCCUGAAUCAUCUGCAUCAAAUCCCUUGUCGAAAGAGCCUGAAGGAAAUAUAUCUACAAAAGAAGACGUUUCUGUCAAGGUUGGUUCGAAUUUCCACCUUUUUUUAAAAAAGAUCCGAGUUUAGGACAAAAAAGGUCCGAAUACAGAGGCUGAAACUACUUCGAGUUUUAUCCCUCCAACUACACCAGCUCAUCGCCAAGGACGCCUUCCAAAAAAUACUCCGAAAAAUGUUAAUUUUCAUCUUAAAAGAGCUGGAAUGCUAGGAAUAGCUCCAGUGUUAAGAUAGGGUCUAUGAAUUUGACCGGUUUAUUAAUCUUCCAACAACGUGAAUUUCUUUCUGAAAGAUGAUAAAAUUAGAAAAUCUAAAAAAAUAAAUUAAACACUGCCAGAUUUUUUUAGAAAAAAAGGCUGUUUGUCAGUUCGCAUUUUUUUGCUUUUUAAAUUUCAGCUAGAAGACCAUUAUUGUAAAAAUGGAUUUUUAUAAGAAUAAGACGAUUUUUUUGUGCAGGGGUGGCGUGAUUUCGCAUUUUGUAGCAUUUUUUUCUGUUUUUCUGAAAAAUUUUUCAGUACGUAAUAUGAAUAGUCGUAUAAUCUUGAUAUCGCGUUUGUAUUAAUCGAUUUUUGCUUUAAAAAGUUUUAACGAAACUGAGAAGCGAAAAGGUUUGGGAAAAUAAGGGAAGAGAAGUUAAAGAAUAACCUAUUAUCUUUUUUUACCCAUUCUUCACUUCUUGAAAUUUUUCCGGUUCAGGUAAGCGGUUACGGCGUCUCAGCUCGAGGAAUCAAUUCGACUAACACUUUGAGAAACUUGGUUCGAUUCCGAUUGUAAAUAUAUGAUUGAGGAAGGAUUUCCAGGGUAUUCCUUCGGAAGCCACUAAGCUUCCACUCUCGGACGAUGAAGACGGCUCUUCUUCUUCGGAUAAUGAGAAGGCUUUGAUGAAACCGGCUUAUUUGAAUAUCUCGGUUCGUUAGAAAACUACUAGGAUUUUUUGGAGUUCGAAUCAAAAGUUUUUGGGAAUUUUGAUGUCUAAUGUAGGUUUAGAAUGAGAAAGAUGAAAUGAUCGUUUUUUUGGAUCCCUUGAAAGUUUGAUUGUAUUUUGUACCUCGAGACAAUUUUUAAAAAGGAAAAUUGAAAUUUUACAAGAUAUUCUUUUCCUUCUGAGUAUCUCAAUUUAUUUGAGAGGCGGAGAAAAACAUUUGAACACAAAAGUCUUGUUGAGAAAAAUUGGAGAGCUGUCUUUUUAAAAUCUUUCCCUAGAUUCGAAAUGUUCCAGUUUCUUUCGAAUUUUUUAUUUUCUCUUGGAUUUUCAACUUCGCUUUUUUAAAAAUUUCUUUCACUUUCAGUUUUUAAGGUGUCUGAAAAACUAUUUUUUGCUUUCGGACUUUUUAAAAUAGCGAAAAAAAAAAUAAAUUUGAUUGUCAAAGUUUUGCUAAUUUUUGAAAUUUUCAACUUUGUCUGGUCACCGCCCUUAUGAAAAAAUUGUUUCUGCAGAAAACGAAUGUGAUUUCUGAGCCUCGGUCUUCAAGAUCAACCAGAGCUUCUUUUCGAAGGAAACCCGCAAAUAAUUCGGAAACAGAACAGUUCAACCUCUGCGUCUUCAGGGGUUCAUUCUUUUCCAAAUCGAAUGAAUUCAUCAAAGUUUCGCUCUUCAGAACCGAAAAUCUAUGACUCCUGAGGCCGGCAAAAAUACUACUAUUUCAUCCCAAAAGGCUUCUGUUCAGGUGAGAUUAAUAAAUUAGGAAAAAUAAUAAUUUUUUUAGCCUUCCUCUUCGACUUCUUCGAAAAGCCGCCAACUUUCGGAAUCUCCUUCGGUUAGCUUUAAAAAAAAAAGAAAAAAAAAAGAAAAAAAAAGAUGAAAUUUCAAGCUUUCCCGAUGCUCUAACGAUCGCAAGUUUGAAAAAAAAAGUCGAACAAAAACAUUUAUUUUGUCUUAUAUUUCAUCAAAGCUUUUGCAAUUUUUCCGUUUUCAGUAGAAAUUUUUUGGAAAGGUUUUCAGGCUGAUAUUAUGAAAAGAGCAUCAGAAAAUCAAUUUGAAAAAAGAUAAAAAUUUUAAAAAAAUAUUUUUCAGAAUUUAGCGGUUCCAAAAAGAGUAUAAAUUUUGUUUUUUUCGAGAUUUCUGGUUUUCAGCCAGAAAAUGUUUUUUUCCUCUAUUUUUAAGAGCUUUUCAUUUUAAUUAUGUCCUGACGAAAAAGCAUGUAGUUUUACGUACCUAACCUGUACCUGUGAAGUAAAGAUACCUGAUUUUUUUUUGUCGACUUUUCGAAUUUGUGAAAUUUUAACAAUAUGCUCGAUAUUUUUUUGAAAAUCCUGUUCAUUUCAGGCAACUUCCGCCAAAUCAACACAAGUUCAGAAUCUGAGAUCGACUAAGAAACAGGUGAUUUUUGUAAUUCAUCUUUUCGAACGCGGCCGCGACGCCCUGAGCCAUUCUAGUUUAUUAUGUCUUUCCUCAGUUGUUGCUUAAAGGGUUUUAUUAGAUAUUUUUGGAAAAUUGGGGAUUUCAGACGCCUCCGUCUGUAGAAACUCCGUCAAUGGCUACGAGAUCCCGUCAAUCUUCUCUCACUCCUUCUGUACCUUCGGUUGGUUUUUAUGAAGCAUCAUUGUCCGUUUUUGUGGACUUGAAACUGCUACUUUUCUCUGCCCCUCCUCGUCUCUCAAUGACCCUCUCAUGUUGCAGUCCUUUUUUCAUGUUUCUCUAACCUCGCCGGUGAGGGAACAGAGAGACGCAGACACUCGAAAACUUACAAUUCGCUAAAAGCGUUUUUUCAAUAACUCCGCCAUCAUUAAAAAUUUUUCGGGAUAAUUUGAGUUUAAAAAUAAUAAUUUUCCAGGUUUCAUCAGCCUCAAAAGAUCUACCGUCAUCUACUCGCAAAACUCGUCAAUCUACGGACACGACUGUUAAAUUUUUUUCUCCAAAAAAAGAUGAAUUUUUCAAAAAUUUUUUUAGACCCCAGAGCCAUCGAAAAUUGUUACGAGAUCGCGUCAGUCCUCAGAGCAACAGGUAACUUUUUUUAUGGGCUAGAAGAAAUUCUCAUGAAAAAAAUUCAGAAGAACUAUGAAAAAAAAUCGAGAAAAACAGUUUUUCAGAUCUUCAAAAAAAUCCUCUUUUUUUCUGUAUAAUUUAAUAUUUUUUUGCAGCUUUGAAAUUUUUUUAUUCAUUUCAUUUUUCUCUCGGAAUAAAUUAAAAAUUAAAUUUGGCAGAAAAAAACAAAAAAAUGAUUGGUUGAAAAAAAGAUCGAUUUUUUUCACGACUUUUUCUUUUUUUGUUCUUGAAAAAAACACAAUCUAUUUUUUUCAAAAAUUUUUCCGAAUGUUUAAUCAAAAUAUUCAACGAGAACAGAGAAAAAAAUAAUAAUAAAUUGACACAAAAAAAGGUUUCUUCAACAAAAUUGGAAACAUUUCUUAGAACUAUGAUAGAUAUAGUACAUCAAAUAAAAGUCUUUUUUCAAAGUUGGAAUUGAGAAAAAUCUGUAGGAAACGAACCGCUGGUGAGCCAAAAGAUCGAGAAAGAAAACCAAAUUCUCAGACUUGGAAGCCUUUUUUUGACAUUCACCACUGGAUUUAAUUUUUCAGUUGGAAAGAUCUUCAACUGAUUCCAAAGAAGAAUCCAUCGGAGCACGCGUUAACAGGCGAUAUUCAGGCCAUCCAACUAAUGGUUUGGAAAAAAGUGCCCACUCAAGUAGUUUGCUUCAUUCUAGAUACGACACCAUUGGCCGAGACGGCGUCCAGGAAGCGAAAAUGUGAAGAUCCGUCUCGAAAAACACCCGAACCUGCGCCGAAAUCCGCUGCUCGUCCAAAUCAACGCGUCAAAGCCCAAAAACCGGCCGAAAAUGCUUCUGGACCACCUACGCGAGUCUCCAAAAUGACCGCCAUGAGAGCGCCGGUUUCUAUUUUUUCAUAUUGCUUAAUUGAGGCUAUGAUCGAAUUUUCGAAAGUUAAAUACCACCUAGAAAAUAAAGGGUGUCAGAGAAAAAUGUAGUCUUCCCUCUCAUUUUUUAACGCUCUCUAAAUUUUGAAAAUUCGAGUUUCGCGGCUCAAGUUAUCGAAAUUUAAAGACCUUUAGUAAACAAGAGGGUGUUAGAGAAGAAAAAAAAAACUUAUCCCCUCUCAUUUUUACACCGUCUCUAACUACCAAAAGUUCGCCUUUUCACAGCUCAAGUCAUCGAAAGUUAAAGACCACUGGUAAAAAAAAAGGGUGUCAGAGAAAAAAAAAACAAGUUCCUUUUUAUUUUCAAACGGUCUCUAACUUUCGAAAAUACGAACGUAGACUCCUUAUCAUGUAGCGUUCAGAGUAGUCUCGCUAAAUUCAAUAAUAUCUCUGAUUUUCCAUAAGGAAUGAUUUUUGAGAAUGCCGAGCUGUAUAGUUUCCGGAAUUUUUCAAAUAUUUCCUUGAAAUUUUUUUACUAAAAAAAUUCGUUCGCAUAUUGAAUUAAUAAUACUCCAGAAGUAUACCUUCUUUUUCAACUUUCAUGUAGUUUGAUUGGUACGCGAUCAAAAGCUCGACAAGUUUGCUUAAUAUCUCAAGAUUCUUGCCUUGAGGUAGUAUGAAAAAGCUUUCGUUUCGCCUUCAAACAUCUUCCGUUUCAGAAGCGCCGCGAGAAAGCCGCCGAAGAUGAAGAUCCGAAGCCGGUAGCAGAGACCAGAAGCGAAGAAGUUGUUGAGGAGCCUGAAUCCCAUCCACAGCCAACAGAUUCCAAGAGAAGAAAGGCACAUUCGAAGCCAGGAAAUGCCGGAAGUUCGAAGGCUAAGGAGGAUGAAAUGAAAAAUACUGAAGAGUCGAAGCCAAUAACGCGAUCCAAGCAGGUCCAACCUUCAAAAAAUGUGAGAUUGGAGGCCGGAAGGGAUGAAGAUGCGAAGAGCGCUGGAAGGUCGAAGUCGGAAAGGAAGACCAGAAAACAGUCUGAGAUCGAAGCGGCUGAAAACUUGGAGACAGAUGGAUUGAGAGAUUUGGAGGAAGAUUUGUCGCCUGAAGAUCUUGAGAUUGAAACAAAUGAGAAGUCGAAACCGGGGAGCAAGUCUAAAAGCGAUUCUGAAAAACCUACUACGGAAAGGAAUGAAAUUGUGAGGCUGCAGGGCGGCCAGGACAAAGAUCUGACCGGAAAGAAGUCCGAAAUUGCACCUGCUAAAAAGUCGAAAAGAGAUGGAGUUACGACGCCGGCAGACCUCGAGAUUGGAACCGCUGAGAAGUCCAAGAACGAUCCAGCGGAAAGUUCGAAGUCAGCACAGCUUGGCAAAGCUCAGAAAGCUAAGCAGUCCGAAUCUCCAUCUACCGAGAAUCCGAAAUCACCGAUAAGCUCCAAGAACAGUUCAGUUGAUUCUGUAGAUCACACUGACCCAAUUGGAAGCCAUCCAACAUCGAUCGACUCCAAAAAGAGCGCUGAAACCCCGGAGACGCAGAAGGAGCCUCAAAAUAAUGUCUCUUCUGAAGUUUCACGACCAUCGACAGAAUCCAGAAGCGAAGUGCCUGGCAAUUCUGAAAACUUCACUUUUGAAAUGCAAGAGGAUGAAGAUGACGAAGACCGACUUGAGAUCGACGAACCAGAGCCGAUUGUUCAGCAAAAGGUAGACUAUUCGAGAAAGAAAGACUUAUUGUCUAGGUGGCUUUGAAGAAAAUUCAAAAAAUACUACGUUCCAGACCUUUUAUGGUAGUGAGAAAAAGCCUCUUAAAGGCGGAAAAGGCUUGAAAUUCAUUCAAGAUACUUUUUUUGAGCCGUUUUUUUGUUUAAAAAAAUAAUGUCUUUUGAUGAAAUUUCAAUCAACAAAAUGAUUAUGAUUUAUUGAUUUAAACAAAAUUAAAAAAAGAGAGAGGAAAAAGACGGAAAAAAAGUGGAAAAAAAUUUGAAAGAAAUUGAUUCAUUUUAUUUUUUUCAUUUCGAUUGUUUAUUCGUUAUUCCGCAAUCUGCAUGACAAGUAAAAAAAGAACAUCAAAAAAAUCAAAGACUAAGGAUGAAAAAAAUAGUUUUUUUACCGGAUUUAUUUGCGAGUUUUUCAAUCUAGUUUGACAUCAUAGAACGUUUUUUUGUGAAAGAUCAUCUAAAUCAAAGAAUUAAAAAAAUUUCUAUAGGAUUUUUGGAUCCUAGGUCAAAGUCGUUUUUCUCCCAUGACUCGUUCGUUACCAAAAAAAGUUGGUUGUGAUGAAAUCAAUUUUUGAACCUCUAAAAAAAGAAAAAAAUUAAACGUGAACGUAACGUGGAAUUCUUUUUCAUUUUAUUCUUCUUCUUCUUCUUUUUUUCCUCGAUUUUUUUGUUUUCUUAAGUUAAAUAAUUUGAAAAAAAUUUCCCAACGAAGGCUUUUGAAUGGAAUAGAACUGGGAAAUAUUUGCUUAGGAGGGCUACAUUUUUUUUUACAAAGGUUUAUAAUUUUUCGUUUUUUUUUUUCGUUUCUAUAAAAAGUAAUCACGGUUUUUUGGUUCACCUACAAGAGUUUUUUUCAGCAAAAAUAGUUUUUUUAAAAAGAUUUAUUUUUCAGUAAAAAUGGGUUAUGAAUGUGACUCGAGGUGACCUAUGUUAUUGCAUUAUCUUCAUAAAUUCUUAAUUACUCUGAUCUUUUAAGCUGCCCGAGACAAAACCUCAAAUGGUCAAUUCUGCGACAGAAGAUGUUGGAUUGGCAGUUCCAGAAAUUGACGACGAUGUUGCAGUAUUUAUAAAUCAAAAGCUUAUUGAAAUGUUCAAGAAAAAAUUCAGGAAAUGAAACCCAAAGUUGCAACUACGGUGAAGCCACCGAAAGCGAUCCAGUUGUCCCACGAUCCUUCAAGAGAAGAAAAAGUAGUCACUCUUUUCAAUUUUUGGUCGCAUUUGGAAUGACUCAAUGUGUUGCAGUCGCGCUGUGCAUCGUUAGAAAUGAAAAGAUUUUUUUUGAAUUGUUACGGGCGUAAGUCGUUUUUAGUCGGGCGCAUCUUCAUAGUUGCUAGGAGUCGAGCCAUUCCAAGUGCCACCAACGCGUUUUAUUUCGAAGCGGGAUUACUGUAGAAGUUUUUCAGAAGCCUGCGGUCAAUUCGAGUUUUUUCGCUACUUUCAAUCCUCUUGCAAGCCUUCCUAGACCGGCUGCGGUCAAAGUAACAAGAAUCAUCAGUACUUCUAAGAAAGGAUUAUUCCAGAAGAAAGAAUCCCGCGAUUUUGGCGGCUAUCGGCUUGGAAAUAUCGGACAGUGAAAGCGACGACGAAGAAACUUCUGUGAGGGAUUUUCAUGCCUUUGUUUGUAUAAUCUAUGUUUUGCAGAAGCUUGAUGUCCCCAAAAAAGAACCGAAAGCGGAACCUGUGCUCGAUGCCGUUUCAGCGUCGUUUGCGUUGAAAAAGAACCAGGAGGUAAAAUAUGUGAAGAGGAAAAAUGGGUCUUGCAAGGAAAUUAAAAAAAGGAAUAAUUGCUUGUGAAAUUGAUGAAAACUUGCUGGAAAAUAAGUCUGCUUUCCGCUUGGUAAGCCUGAAAAUUUUUUGUUGUACCAUAUAAAGUUCCUAACUUGCUCAACUUUCCAGUUUUCGAAAAAGACACAUAAAAACCAAUGGAAACUCUCAAACGCGUAAAAAUAGGUACAUCAACGAGUAAAGCCAAGUUUUUUGUAAGGCCAAGAAUCAUUUGAAAAAUUGAGGAAUCUUUACUGAGAUUCUCAAUUGUUCAUUCUUAUCCCAUAAAAAAUCAAAAUUUUUGCCUUUUAGUUAAGUUUUAUUGUUAGAAACCCAACUUUUUGAUGCAAAAAAAAAUAUUCAAGAUGUUUUGAACUCGAUUAAAAAAAGUUAGAAGGAUGGAAUUUUUUUCUUUUUUUCCUGGAGUAAAUAUAUUAUUUCCUUUCUAUCUGUACCCUAACUAUUUGCGUUGUUCUGACAAUAAAGAAAUAAAUAAAGUAAAUAUUCUAGAAAACAUAUCGGCAACAUUUUAUCAAAUUAUCAGCUUCUUAGGGAACCUAAUCUUUCCCGCCUUCGAUAUCCUUUGAAAUCGACCAAAAAGUAAAAUGGAAUAAUGAGUUUACUCUGAAUUUUUUUAACCUAGUCGAAAUUGACGAUUUUCGUUUGUAAAAGUAUAUACUCCCUCAAAUUCCUGCUUCAAUUAUUUCUUAAAGUUUGUUCGAAGAAUUUCACUCUUGCUGCAACCAUAUUAGGAUCCUUUUACUGAAUUUUUUAUUUUGAAAUUUUACUUUUUCUUCUUUCGUCAUGAUUGCUUUUCCAGAAGGCUGUUAGAAAAACUGUCCUGCUGCCUGACGGACAACCUGCUCCGAAAAGAAGUCGCUUAAGUGGAACGGCGAAAAAAUCACCGGCCGGAAGUUCCAACACUGGACAAAUGACGGCCGCCGUCAAGAAGAGACUUUCGACCGGAAGCAAGGAAACCGCCAAGAAAAGAACCGUUUCUUCGACUCCGGCCUACGCACCUCGGGCGAAGCUCCGCAAGUUGGAAAUGAUUGUUGGUUUUUUUUUUUGUAGCCAGAAUUUUUAAUGGAUUAGUCCAAAAUUUUCGGCUUUGAAAAGCUCUUUUUUUCAAGUCAGCCGCUGAUUGCUGGUUACUGUAAGCUUCAUGAACACUUGAGAAAUUUCACAAUUUUUUUCCCUUUUUGAGCUGGAGAAUGGGAGCUCCAGGCUCUCUAGAAAGAUUAAAAGAAUAAAAAAAUAAAAGUACAAAAAUUUUUAUUUUUAUAAAUAUUUUGAAAUCUGAAAUUUUUUAACCUAAUUUUUCGAAAGUCGAAAUCUCAAAAAUAUAUAUAGGCAGCCGUGUGAAAAAUUUUUCUAAAAACAGAAAAUAAAACUGAUUCAACUGAAUUUGGUUUUCGGAAAGAGUUUUAUUCGGAUCUCAGGUCGUAAAUGGUUUUUAAAUAACAGUGAAAAAAAGGGCACAAAAAUACGAUCAAAAUAUUCAAUUUUUUUGCGAUCUUGAUCAUCUUUAAAAAAAUGACCAUCGUUUUGGCGACUCUUUUUUUCAAUGCGGUUUACGAAAAAAAAAGAUUUUUCAGUCAAAUAUCGCUCGCGGCCAACUUCUCCAAGCUUUUCACAUGAAAUCCGACCCUGACGUCAUCAAACUUCAAAUGGGCGACAAUUUGAAAGAAGUCGAGAAAAUGCCAGCCAAAGAUGUCGCUGAAGUGAUGAUAGAGGUGAUUUUUGGAGUCAAGAAACUUUUUACAAAGUUAUUUUUGAGUAUCUGCAACACUCUUCCCAGUCGGACAUGUGGAGAGUUGUUCUCCGCUUGAAAGAUACUGGAAAUCCGGAUGCCCUGACCAAUACGGAGGUCAUUAAACUGCAUGUUCAAGAAAUUUAUCGUCUUUUUCAGGAAGAGAACUUCUUGAGCACCGCUUUCUCACUACCAAACUGCGCCGGAGACAUCUGGUUGCCCUUCAUAAAGUAAUUAAAAAUCCCUGAAUCUUACUUAUCAAGUUAUUUCCAGAAAGUUGUCCUCCACAAUGGCCCUACAAAGUAAUCUGAGCGUUUCCGCAGUGCGGAGCCUAUAUCCGAGUUUUUUGUCAUGCUGUUAACUUUUGCGUGAGUUUUACACCAUCAUUUGCAACAGUCUAGCUCGUCUGCGCUCUUAUUUCUUUCAUAAGAAUGAUUUUAGAAUUGUUCAAUGUAUAUAGUCGGCUCAGGCUUAAUUUGAAGUCGCUUAAGCUCGGCCCCUAGGGGCUCAAUGAACCAAUCAGAGAGCGGGUCUUCCACAUAGCGCUCAAGAAUGACAUCAUCCUACUUGAUUUUGAAAAUCUGAACAGACCAUAUGAUGCAAAUUUAAAGAAAAGAGCCUAAUUUUUAUUAUGAAGGAUAGAAUUUUUUUUUCUGAAAAGGUUUUUCAACUUUCUGAUGUCACCCUGUGUUUUCUCAUUGAAAUUCGAGUCUUCCACUUUUUUUCUCAGGUCAACCUACUGGUUUUUUUAAUAAUUAUAAGAUCUUUUGAGAUUAAAUUGGAGAAAAUGAUACAUUUAUUCGCAUUAUGGUAAUUCUGGAAGCCUAUGAACUUAUUUACCGUGAAAGGAAAAAUGAACGGAAAACAUGAUAUUUUUUCCGAUUUUCUAAAACUUUUCCAGGAAGUUUCCAACUUUUCAGUUUUUCUUCAUUCAGAGUUUGGUAGUUUCAUGAUCCUUUCCCUCCUCGCAGACUGUUCCAAAAUGCGGAAUUCAACUUUUUUUCACCAAACAGAAAAAUUUGUGUUCAGGAAAUAGAAGAAAACGUAAAAGACGAGAUUGUGCGGGACAUGUUGACGAUGAUUUUCAUGAACCACGAGGUAUUCAAGCUUUCAGAAGCAUUUUCGAAAGUUGAAAUACUCUUCAGAACACUGCCGUGGCAGCAACUGUCUAUUUUCUCCUGAGUUCAGUUUUUCCCUGCCUACGCUGGAUUAUUGAAGAAAUCGAGGAGGAAACUUGUUUUGCAACCCUUUUCCGAUCUUUGGUGUACCGGGUAAAAUUCGAAAAAAUGGAAAGAUGUUUUAAGUUUUGAUAUUUCCAGAACAAGGAUCAUUUCGAAGUGAUCAGCUGGCUGUUGCGCGCUCGAUUCGACUACGUUCACGUCUUGCAAUUGACUUCUGACGAGACUUUGAAAAGAUUGGAAGCCGUCGCGAAGAAAAUCGAAGCCGACUUUGCUGAUCCGCAAAAGCAAGACUCGAUCCUGGUUAUAUCGGGAGAAGAGAAUUCGAGCGUUCAGGUAAGAUUUUACUACCUGUUAAAAAUGUGUUUAAAGGGACCGGUAUGGGAAGAUAAGAGGCAGUUGAAAAAUAUCUCCCAAAAUAUAUGAGUAGACCAUUUUCAAAGGGCGCCGAUCCUUCCUUCACUGCCAAAGUCGGAAGUGCGGAAAACGGGUGCAAAAAGGGAGUGACUGCAAAAUGGCCGCUAAAAGGGUCCCUUUUUACGGCCUUUAUUGAGCCUUUCAUUUUUGGUGGGUUAAAAAGGGUCAUAAAAGGGCGAAAAAAGGGAGAGGCCGCGAAAAGGGUGAAGAAAGAGUGGGGGUUCAAAAAGGUUCUGAAAGUCUCUGUUAUUGAUGAUUUCCGAUGUUAUUACUGUAGCUUAUUUCGGUUCAUACGCAGUCACUUGUAAAGAUUAUUCUCAAUUUUAAAAAAAUUGUAUUUCUCAAAAGGGUCCAAAAAGGGUGGAUGAAGGCCGAUGAAAGGACGCAAAAAGGCAGAAAAAAGGAAACCGUUUAGGAACAAUUUCCGGAAACAGACGGAUCCGUAACGGACGCUCAAAGGGCCCGUGAAGGGUCCUUCCGACUUUGCCUAUGUUUCAAGUUUUUCCUAAAUUAAAGUUAUCUCCACCUCCCUGAGGCUGAAGAGAAAAAUUUUUAUGGUCUUUUCUGGUUAUAGCAGUUUUAAAUUUUCUUUUAAAUAUCAAAAAAAUCAAAAUUCUUUAAAUUCUUUUCCACCGAUCGCUCUGAACAUUCAAUUUCGGAUGAAAACUUCUGUUUCGCCUAAAUUUUCUUUUUUUUCAGGCAGGAUCUGGACUGGACAAGUAUCUCCGCGACAUCUUGGUUCUGUCGAAAACGGCCUCCAAUGAUGCGCUCACCUUUGCCUUCAGCCGCCUCAAGAACCUCAUCACAGAAAUUGAAAACUCUAUUUUCGAUAAAGAUCCUGCGAAAGGUGAUUUUCAAAAAAUGCGCAGUUUAAGAAUCAAUUGUUCAGACGAUUCGCUCUUCACAGUUUCUGCCUUCCGCAAGCAGAUCACUCAGAAACAGGCUCUCGCCUUUUUUGCCAAGUGGGAUGUGAUCCGAGUCGUUUUGGCUAAUUUCCUCGUCGGUCACGAUGUUUCUUCGUCGAACAGCGUUUUGGAUGCCCUCCGGUCGAUCGCUCCGCAGGUCAGAUUUUUGAAAAGUUUUUUUCGGUUUCUUGAAGAAGAUUUCGAAAGAAAGGACGGAGAUGUUACAAAAUUUUUUUCAUUUUUUUAAAGAUCACAUUGAAAUUUGGUGGUAUGAAAAAAAAACACCGGCGAAAAUUCAAACGGCGACUUUUUCCGAUUUUUUUCAUUUCGCUAGGGAACUUUCCGACGAAUCUUUUUCCGACUUUUUUUCUCGAUAAAACAUUCGUUUUUAAAUCUUCCUAUAUAUAGUAGGUAGUUGUUUCAUGAUUAAAAAAACAAAGAAAUAGGAAAAAAUGUUAAUAGAUGUUCUAUAAACGGACAAAUAUAAGUGAAAAAAAGUCGGAAAAAAAGAUUCGGCGGAAAGGUGGCCGUUGGAAAGUUCCCUAGCGAUAUGAAAAAUCGGAAAAGUCGCCGUUUGAAUUUUUCGCUGGUUUUUUUCAUACCACCGGAAAUUUCUAUUAUCAAUUUUUUUAUCAUCACUAUUUUUUUAUUCGGUUUUUUUAAUCCGGUCAGUAUAAAAAGCACAUGAACUCAUUCAAUUUUCAGAGUAACGAUUGAUUUUUUAAAAUUAUUCCCAGAUAUUCAAUAGUAACUUUAAAACAAAUUAUCAACGUGCAGAGAAUUUCAAAUAGAAAAGCAAGAAAAAAAUAUAAUUUUUUUGACGCUUAUCCGUUAGUUCCACGUGUUUGGGAAGUUUUGUCGUUUUUACGCCUUUUUUGUACCUUUUCAAAUGGAUUUUAUACUUUUUGAAGGCCCAAAAAGAUUUUCACAGAAAUUCUGCGGCAAAUUACAUGCUUAUAGUUGAAACUUUGUUCAAAUUAUAGUUUUUAAAAGCUCAUUUCAAGAUUGAUUCUUCAGAUCCACGAAUUCCAAGAGAAAAUGAAAGACGAUGAACUCAAACGUGUGGAGACUUUGGAUACGGCUGGAAGUUCUGAAAAAGAAAAUGAACCACGACGUCUGGUGCAGAUGAACGUCUCCCGAAUUGCAAACUUUAUCGAAGCUUUCACUCGAUAUAAAGUCUGA